AUGCUCCUGGCCGCCGUUUCCUUUGCUGGCGCAAUCGUCUUCGUGUCGGCCAACUGCAAAGCUGCCCAGUGCCACCGCUUGCACGUUACAGUCGAUGCGGCCAUGCAGUUCUGUUCGCCUUCGUCCAGCUCACCGUCCACACUUGAUCGUAUACAAGCCUGGCUGCAAAAUACUACUGCACUAUCUCCCGCUUCUCCAACACUGCAUUCGCAAAAACGACAACGCGAUUCCGAUAUGCUGCAUGACUCGAGCCCUAAGCGACAACGCAUCGAUACCGACGGCCUGCUGCCAACCCAAAGCGCAUCGCAGGCGGGCAGUAUCAGCAUAGUAGAUCUGUCAGACUGCACAACCUUGACGGCGCCACAAGGAUCGAAGAGGAGCUCGAGCCCCACGCGCAAUCUCACUGAACUGCGUACUGCAACGCCUUCCAUAUCUCUCAGCCCUUUCAACCAAGUGAAACAGCCGCCGUCCGCCAGUGUUUCUGCACGCAUCAACAGCCUUCGCGGUCGCCUGGGCCGUCGCGAAGGUCUAGAGAUCAGCUACAUACCAGCUGGCCUGCGCAAAGCGAUAGAGUCGGACACACUAUUUGCCCCUUCUCUCGCCAUGGACCCCAUCGACUCAGAAGCAUACGACCACAAUGAUACACGGCCAGCUAGUCACCCCGCGCUGGUAAAUGCGCUCGAUCGUCUCAAGAAUAUCUUCCAAGACGCCUGCCACUGCACCGAGUUUGGGCGCGAUGAGAACGCCUGGUGCUAUCGCGUCGUCUGGCCGUUGAUAGAGCUCGCUAUGAAGCUAGACUGCAACACCAAAUUCAAGUUAGAGAGUGUGCAAUCGCAAAGUAUUCAACCGUCAUAUCUCUCCACUGUCUCCGACCCCACAUCAGCCUCACCCAACAGAAGAGUAGCACUCACGCGCAAGACUGACUUCUGCUUUUCCGAAAAUGCCCGUUGUAUCGCAUACGUCGGACGUCUGCACUCAGCGCCUGGCACUUUUCUCGGGAAUUGA